GAACACACCAAAGAUACAUACGUCAGUGAGUUUCUCCAGAAACGAAACUUAAUAGAGAACUUCCUCUUAGAUGAGUUUUUGAUAAAGGUUUUAAAAUUGAUUAUCCCUCUCUUUGCCUUCUCUCUAGCAAAAUAAUUGUAUUUGUUGUAUGUAAUUCUGCAAAUGCUGUUAUAAACCUACAAGAACAGAGUUCCUGUUUCCCAGCAAGUCACAUUAAGAAACAAUAGUAUACAGUACCUCAUUCUGGUGGCCUUUUUUAAGUUUUGGUAUAAAAACUGAAUUAAAGAAAGCUUGUGUAAUCCAUCAAUGUCACAGCCUUCUCUGAGCAUGUUCCAAAAAAGUAGCCCUGGUACUCCAGCUCAAAAGAAGAAGAAAAAGAGGUUCUCUGAUAAAGAAGACCAUGUACUUGUAGAUGAAAUAAUGAAUCAUGCCUCAGAACUAUUCGGUAAAAAUGCACGCAUUGCCUUGGGGAAAUGUACUAUUUGGGAUAGUGUAGCAAAAGUUGUCAAUGAGGUGAGUGAGACAAAUCGCACAGUGCAAGACUGUAAGAAGAGAUGGAAUGACUACAAAAGAAAAAUUAAACGUACUAUUGAUGAAGUAAAGAAGUUUCCUGAAACUGGAAAUACCGAGCCUCUGGAAAACUUUUUGUCUAAAAGACAGAUGCGUGUUGUUGAUUAUUUCCAAAUGGAUUUAGAGGAGAAAAAUACAAUCCAACAUCUUUCUGACCAUUCUUCAGUGGAAGAAGUGCCUUUGCAUAUUUAUUCCUCAGAAGAUUCAGAUGAAGAUUUUGUUGAUGAUUCCAAGAAGGGGAUGGCUUUCUUCUUAAACCAGAGAAAGGAGCAUAAUCCUCAGGAUACGUCUAUUUCACAGUCUUCAAAGCAGACAUCUGAGUACAAAACCCCUGAUGCACACGGGGAGGAGCCGGCACCUACCCCUGUUGUACCUCCAAUGGAGCUUGCCAAGUUAGAUGUUAAAUUAGAUCAGUUAAUGUCAAAACAGACUGAAACUUAUGAAUUCCUCCAAAGUAUGCAAAAUGAUAUUAGAGCUUCACAAGAAAUGCAAAGAAAAAUGAAUCGACUUAUGAAAACCAACUUCUUAGAGCUGCAGAAGUCCAUUAUUUCCAUUCAGAACAUUGCAAGAGACAGAGAAAACCAGCUGGAUCUCUCAUUAAAAAGCAUCCAUACUAAAUUAGAUGAGAUGACCAACACUCUCCGUGAGAAGAAACUGAGAGACCUGAUGGCCAGUGAUGACUCUGAUGAAGAAUGGAACUCAGUGCAGGAUGUAAAAGUUUCUCUUCUAGAUAAACAAGAAAAGGUACAGCUUAAACAAAAAAGAAAAGCACCUCAGACCACAACAUUUUCUCCUGUAGCUAAAAAGUUAAACAAAUAAAAAAAGCUGUCUGAUCAUUUCAGUUAGUUACAAUUGUUAAUCAGUGCAUAAAUACUUGACAAAACACUUUGGGGCAAAUUCACUAACCUACGGAGUUGCGCUAUCGCAGGCUUUGCCACACUUCGCCAGGCGAAGU